AUUGAGGAUUUUCUACGUAGAUUCAAAGAAGAGGUUAAGUAUUGUGGUGAGCUGCUUCAGCAACAUUCUCAUCAGGACAUCUGUUUCAAGUAUGGCCAUCAGACAUGUCAGUUUUUGUUUCUGCACGAAUACAUCGGUCAUUCAUACUAUGACAAGGAGACUCAGUCUGUUAUUAUGGCGUGCAGGGAUGUUCUCAUAAAUUAUUUCAAUGACUUUAUUUUGGUUUUCUGUAGACACAAUCAUGACAUGAAGUGCAUUUUAUCUGGGAGAUCCUGUAAAGCUGCCAUGUUUUACAUAACUGACUAUAUUAUGAAGAUGAGUCUGAAGACGUAUGAGAUGCUGUCACUUAUG